ACUCGCGCGCGACAAGGACAACAAAGCGCUGAGGUCCUUACAGAACCAGAACCUCCUCAAUGCAGCUGCAAGGCGUCGAGGGAGCGGAAGGGGAAGGAGGAGGAGGAAUUCCGCAAUGUGCGCAGGGCCUGGCAACCAUAUGGUGGCUCCUAAGGGUGGUGUUAAUGGUGGUGGUGCUGGUGGUGGCACAAGCCCCGAGCCAGAACUUUACCUUCCGGCUCAGUCAUCAACUGCUUGGCGGCCAGGACACACAUUUCUAGUCAGCGGAAUAAAUCAGCGCCAGCAAAGAUGCUACCGCAAACCGAGACUCCUUCAUCGAUCGAGAAUACUUACGUCGAGGCUCCACAAUUCGCUGAACACUGCGGCCAAAGUCGUUGUGGCCAAGCCCAAACUGCUUUUGAGGUCUACCAAAGAAUCCUGCAGCGUCUACAAGCAAAUCAGCAAGAAAAUCUCGAGGAAGCCAAGGAAAACGAUUUAAUUAAGCAGAUUUGGCUUGACAGCUUCACGGGAAGACCCAUACAAUACCAAUGUUAGUUGAAGAAUGCAAAAACCUUGUUAAAGUUAUUAAAAUUAAAUGGAAAGAAAACCAAAACUCUUAAGUAUUUACAGUUGAAUCCCUAAAAGUAAAAUAACGAAACAUAACAUAACAUUUUCUUUUCAAAGCCUUUAUUGGUUUAUUUUGAAUUUUGUACUUAUCAUUAAUAUGUUAAAUUACUUACCCAUCUGGUUAGUUCUAAAACAAAAUUGUGUGUUGAAAAAAUAUGAAAUAUGUUAAAUACGCAGCAACUUUAAUUGUUUAUUUAAUGUUCUUCCAUCUUCAUUUAUAAAUUCAUAAUGGUUUAUUAACUUAUUUUUAAACGCAUUUUAAUUUCUUGAUUUCCAAAGUGGAUUUUGAUCUGCACUUAUAUUUUUUCUUCAUUGAACAAUGUGAUAAUUUCAUUCCGUUUUAUUACUUUACUAAUUUAUUUGAUAGAGAUAUAACUCUGGAUUCUACUGCUAGUGACACAUGUUUUUAAAUAUGAAUGCAUAUAUUGAUUGUAAAAGGGAGGAUCGGG